AUGGCGUACAGGGCGGAGGACGACUACGACUACCUCUUCAAGGUCGUGCUCAUUGGCGACUCCGGGGUCGGCAAAUCCAACCUGCUCUCGCGGUUCACGCGCAACGAGUUCAGCCUCGAGUCCAAGUCCACCAUUGGGGUCGAGUUCGCCACCAGGAGCAUCAGAGUCGACGACAAGGUCGUCAAGGCCCAGAUAUGGGACACCGCCGGGCAGGAGAGGUAUCGGGCAAUUACAAGUGCGUACUAUCGAGGGGCUGUUGGCGCACUUGUCGUGUACGACGUGACACGCCAUGUGACCUUUGAGAAUGUGGAGAGGUGGUUGAAGGAGCUCCGGGAUCACACGGACGCAAACAUUGUCAUCAUGCUUGUCGGCAACAAGGCUGACCUGCGACACCUCAGGGCUGUAUCCGUGGAGGAUGCCAAGGGCUUUGCCGAGAGGGAGAGUACCUUCUUCAUGGAGACUUCCGCGCUGGAGUCCAUGAACGUUGAGAGUGCCUUCACCGAGGUCCUAACUCAGAUCUACCGUGUGGUCAGCAAGAAGGCCCUCGACAUUGGCGAUGACCCUGCUGCUCCACCAAGAGGGCAAACCAUCAACGUUGGAGGCAAGGAUGAUGUCUCUGCUGUGAAGAAGUCAGGGUGUUGUUCAUCCUAA